AUGACUCCUCCGUCUAUGACAACUGUGCUUGCCUCGUCCCAGCUUCAUGAGAAGACUCCUACAAAUAUCAUUGAAAAUGAAGAUUUAGCUUGGGAGCGCUUUCAAAUGGCUAUUUUGGACGAGGACAUCAACACUUGUUAUGACAUGUCCUUAAAGGAGUUUGAACACUCUGGUGUUCACGACCUCUUUAAGGCCAUGUCAAAAUUUAUCGCGGCGUCCAGGCAGGCCAUAGGAUUAGAUAAGACGAGGAUUUUGUUAGAGACGAGGAUUCAAGAGGUGAAAGACAACUGUAAAAAAUGGGCUGAGGUAGCUGCUAAAGCUAAGGAAGAAGUAACUGAGCAUCAAAAUUCGAUCGAGGAGCUGAAAGCUGAUAUAGUGGAGAAAGAUACUCGUUUUAAUCAUUUUCAGAAAAAGAAUGACGAGUUGAGUACUCUUCUCUCCCAAGCCAAAGAAGAUGUUGUGGCUAAAUUCAAGGCGUCCAAAGAAUUUAUGGACUUAAUGGAUCAUAAUUAUGCAGUAGGCUUCGAGAAUUUUCGAAUGGACGCUGUAGACAACUUCCCUAAGAUUGACUUUAGCUCCAUCAAACUUAACUUGGCUGCAGCCACCAGCUUUCUUGUUCAGACUGGCUCUAAGGACGUCAACAUUGAGGACGUUGCUUCUACUCAGUCGUCCAAGGAAGAUCCCAAGGUGGAUGCCCCCCCUGCUUAA